AACCUUUGACCUGGCAACCCCACCAAACCGGAAUGCGCCAUACAGCGCCGCGCCGCCCGCCGCGCAGUCGUGCUACGUCACCAAAAUAAAUAAAACAACAGUUAUUCCGAAAAAAAAAAACAAUAGUCAAAAUAACUAGAAAAACACUCUCGCGAUGUGAAAAUUAAAAAGUUAGUGAUUUCCUGUUUCGCCAAUGGCGGCAGUGUCGUGUUCCGCCUUCGAAAUUCAGUGCAACCGUGUGUUUAGUGCUGAGUGCUGACCUACUUUUAAAUGCAAUGUGACGUCAUUUGGCAAAUAUGUAAACCAAUCCAAGUGCCAAAAUGACUUUAAACCUAACCGGAAACCGUACUGUGGAACCGCGUUCCACGGCCUACUAUUACGCUGACAUCGAGCGUCUCAAGCGGAAAAACCAGAACGGAACUCCUCACAUCACUGCCGACGAAGAACCGAGGAACCCUGACGAGCUCAGCGAAUAUGUCGAGUCUAAUGAAGUGGUCAACGAAGGAGCUAAAGUGGACGUGCCUCCUUUACGAGACAGGCAGUACAGUUUACCUGAAUACAGUUUACCUGAAGCGUGCAGGCCUGAGGAGACCUAUUCGACGGCAGGCACAUUUCCAAUGCCUGAGCCUAAAGAGAAAGAACCACUGCUAGCUGAGCUGGAACUUGUUGGGCGACUCCCUUUAAGCCAGUUGGAUAGUGGGUCGGGCGUCAGAAGGAGUAGGAGCUGGUAUCUCUGCUGUCCCAAUGUGGCUGAUGAGGAGGUGUCCAGGGAGUCUUCUUGGCGGUACUCGAGUCUGCGGCCGGUUACGGCGCCACCGAUGGGAAGGAAUGGAAUGAAUUUUAUGGUAACAACUCAAAGCAGCGGGCACCCCGACGCGACCACGCUCCGCUGCGAGCGCGACGCACUCGCCCGGGCGCUGUCGGCGGAGCGGGCGCGCGCCGCCGCGGCCGCGAGAGCUCACGACGCGAGGCUGGCGGAACUACACGGGGUCAUAGCUGAGCUGGUGCGGAGGAGGGCGGCGGAUAAGCAGGCUAGGGCUAUCCCAGAGGAAGAGGUGUCAGAUGAGUGUGAGUCGACGACACAACCGGCGGGGGAGCUGGAUAACGACGCUGAUCGGUCCAGGACAGACCAAAAUGACAGUUCGUCCCUCGUCAGUCCGGCCGAGCUACCGACUCCUCAGGAGAAGGUGGAACCUGGAUCGGAGGCUUUUAAGCAUGAGGUCCAAGUCAGGAUAGAGAAGCCACAGGAGAUGAGCUCUAGCGAAACUCACCCCGUGGACAACUGUGACACCAGUCUAGAUCUGUCAGCCAGGGAUUCAGAGAUCUGUCUGAGCACAGCGAGAUGUUGCGGCUACACGCGUCCACACGCCAGCUCGGGCAGCUGCGAGCGCGAGCACGGAUCCGCCGACGGAGCGCGCGUGUGUACGGCCUCGCCGCGCGACGAGCGCCGAGCCAAGCUCGCCAGCAGGGUGCGACUGAGACGGACUGACGACGACACCAGCCAUGAGGAGACGUGGUGUGCGGAGGCGGCGGAGAGACUGGCGCUGGAUGUGUGCGCUCAGGCGGACCUCAGGGAGGCGCUGGUCGCGGCCAGCAAUGAUGGUUGCGCGCUGUCCGCUAGCGUGGCGGCGUGGCGCGCGCGGUGCGCGCGGCUGCAGGCCGACGCGCGCGUGCUGCGCUGCGCGCUGGCCGCCGCCGCCGACACCGCGCACAGAUUAUCGUGUGCCUGUGCGGUGCAAGAGUCGUCCUCGGUGUCCGUGUGCCUGGCGCUGCGCGCCGCCGACCGAGCGCUGGAGACGUAUGACGUACUCCUUGCGUUAGCCGAGACCUUACACAGUCCGCAAGAAGAGCGCAAAGCAGCAGAGGUGGUAGCGAAGCAGUUGCUGGCGCGGCUGGACGCCGAGCAGACGUCGGCCACGAUAGGCGAGCCGCUGCUGUCGCCGGGGCCGUGGCUGCAGCACGACGGACAAGCGCACACAGACAGCGAGUGGACGGAAGAAUGCGAGACAAGGCUCCGAGCGCACGCGGCGCGGCUCAAGAGUGACACAGUCACGCUGCGGAACGCCGGGCAAGCGCCCGCGCUGUUCUCUUAUCACGAUGUAGAAGAAGAUGACUUACCCAAAUCCGCGGGCAGCGCUAGUAUGGCGGAGAUGGAGGCAGCUGUCAUGAUGCAGGAGAUACUCGCAUUGCGCGAGGCCCGCGCCGCCGCGCGCGCCGCCGAGGCCGCCGCCGGCCUCCGGGACGCUAGCGAGGACCACAAGGACCAUAAGGACUAUAAGGACCACAAGGAAUACAGCUACAAGGACCACAAAGAUUAUGACCCUAAGGACAGGGACAAGGACCAUGUGCAACAUAAGAGCGAGUCCACCCGCAGCCGCCGCCGGCGCGAGCGGCACUGGCUGGAGACGCAGGCCUCCGAGACCGACCUCUGAACAUAUCCUUACCUACUUAUAUUCCUCAGUAUAUCUACUACAGAGACUAGAGAUGGGCCGAAUAUGGACUUCGCCGUAUACGAAUAUUCGGUCCAGAUCAUACCGAACCGAAUAUUCGGUUGGGCUAAAACCAUAGAGAAAAAAAAUCUAUAAAUGCUCACUCCAUACUUAAGUUUUAGUACCAAUAAGACUAUUAUUUUCGCAGUCGACAUCUAGCAUCGAGUAGCAGAAUUAUCAGAACUGCUACUUGAAAAUAGAUUUUCCACCGACCGAAAAGUCUAAUGCUCAACAAUUUUCAGCUAAUAUUAUAACCGGAUUAACCCAUAGAAGGUAGGAUCGUAUAGAAGUGGUAUACGCGUGCCUCCGUGAGGGACAAAACACACGCAAAUGCGACACUGUGAUUGGUCGAAUUUAUUUGUUGCCCACCAUUAUCCAUACUAAAAAAAUAAUGGGGAACAAAAAAUAUGUGAGACUGUGACAAGGACAAACAAUAAUAGCGCUUUCUCUGCUACUCCUACUGAAAGAUACAUAAGACUAUCCGUUCUGUCAGUUAUCCCCACCACUCAUGCCCAAUCCUUUUCAACGACUUCUGUUUUAAUUUUAGUUGUAAAUUGUUGUUCAAUAUAAUUUUCACCUCAGCAGCUCGAACAAGGGUACUUUGCUUCUUAAAAACAGUGAGCAAAAUGCGAUUUUGCUCACUGAGGGAGACAAAAUGACAUUCAAGUGACCUUUAUAGUCAAAUGUCAUUUCAACAUGCGGGGUCUAAUACAAGUUCGAUAUACUUGGGUUCUAUUAUCUCUGUCCCUCUAGGUAUGUUCUCACUGCUUAGGGUGAAAAAUUUUGUGUACUACACGAGAUCAAAGUUAUUUACAUCUCGUGCGCUUUUGAAUCCCUUACUACGCUCAAGAUUCUAAAUUAGAUAUUAUAGAAUCUUUCGCUUGCACGGGACUCAAAAUAAGCACUCGAAGAAAUAUCAAACUUUGAUCUCUUGUUGUACAAAUAACUAUUUCGUGAGUCGACACUAGUGAAUUCUAGUAUCGAGUAGCGGUACUCAUAAUUCCGCUACUCGAUGCUAGACGUCGACUGCGAAAAUAAUAGUCUUAUUGGAACCAAAACUGAUGUAUGAACUAUGAAGACUAUGAAGUGAGCACUCUAUUCUUACUAUACAGGGUGUCCCAGAAUUCGACGUCAAGCCGUAAACGGAUGAUAGACCAAGUCAUAACAGUUAUCAUAAAAAUACAAAAAAAAAUCCAACUCAUGUUCUUUAAACAUUAUGGUCACUUUAAAAAUUCACUAAAAAAUCCACACCCUGUAAUUAUUCAAGAUUACACAAUAAUAAAAAAAAUAGAAUAAAUUAUGGAAUUUGUAGUAACAAGAGUUAAAGAACCAUUACAGGGUGUGGAUUUUUUAGUGAAUUUUUAAAGUUUAUGAUAAUUGUUAUGACUUGGUCUAUCAUCCGUUUACGGCUUGACGUCGAAUUCUGGGACACCCUGUAUUUCUCUAUGCUAAAACUGCCCAAAAUAAGAACCCGAACUAUUCGGCCGAACACGAACAUAUGCUGAUACCGAAUAUUCGGCCCAUCUCUUAGAGACCGUCGUGAUCGGGAUCGAAAGCGAAAACAAUUCACGUCUCUAAGCAGGUGCUGCCACCUACACACGAACUGUGUUACCACGAUUAAGUACAGUCGAGUGUAAAAAUAUGGGUGCACACAAUACACUCAAAUAUAAUAUAUUUACAGUAUGUGUCUGACCAUGGGGCUUUAGUAGUAGUAGUAGUAGUAAACUCUUUAUUGUAUAAAAAGACAUAUGAAAAAUAACUUACAAUUAGCAUGAAGUACAAAGGCGAACUUAUCCCUUUGAGGGAUCUCUUCCAGUUAACCUUUGUGUAGAUGUGCUUUAAUUCCAGGGCUUGAUUUUACUCGCUAAACUGAGCUACUUUUACCAUGGGACCAACCCUAAAAUCGGGGAAAUUUUUUUGGCUUUCCCAUAGAAAACGUUAACAUCUGAUCAGCCAAAAUAUAUGAAAAAGUAAAAAAAAAAUCGGGAUUUCGGGGUUGGUGCCAUAAUAAAAGUAGCUCAGUUUAGCGAGUAGAAUCGAGCCCUGGAUUUAAAACCCGAUGGUCAGUAACACCCUGUAUGUCCUAGCGUAACGUCCCACAUGUCAGCGAAUUAAAUUAAAUAAUAAUUUAUUUUAGAAAUUCAAUUAAGAACUAUGGGACAUAUUUUUGAGUAAGUUAUAUGCACCCAUAUUUUUGACUACAAUACCAUAAAGAACUUACUUAAAAUCUUAAGAUGAGAAAUAACUGACAUAAUUAUAUCAUAGUAAAAUAAAUGCUUUUAGUAUGAGAAAGUAAUGGAAAUUAGCGUGCAUAUUUUUAUUGAAAUAAGCCAAAAAAAUGUAAAUUUCGCCAAAAUAAAUUUUACCAUUUCAGUAUACUUUUAAGCCCCAUUUAGACGGUUUGAUAUUCCGAUCAAAUACCGCAAUGUAACGAAAAUCGCAUGCAAGAUCUUAAACCGUGUAAUUGGAGCUUUAAGGAUGACUCACGUUAGAACGGCCCGGGCCCGGGCCGCGGCAUCCGAC